UUUUCAGUACCGAAAAUAGAGGCAAGGUACUCUGCCAUUUCGGAGGUAAAAUUUAAAAAAAAUAAUCGGUUUUACGAUUGACUAAUGAUCAAUAAAUAUGUAUUGAAGUGUUAUUUAUUUAUAAAAUGUAUCAGUUGUGAUAAAAAUCCAUGGAUAUUAAUAAUAGAUAUGUGGAAAUAUGAAAAACACGCGGAAGCUGUUGACGAAGUUGUGUUUUUCAGGUUAACUGCUGAUAAACCAACGGCUUUAUAUUUUGUCGGGUGUGUUGUGAAGCCGGCGAGAGUUGAAGGGGGCAUCAUUUUAAUUGAGCCGAGCUCGGCCGAGUUGACUCGAAUGUUUGGCGCGAAUUUUUAAGUGUCGGAGCAGAAUGACACUUGGCUUUGUAACAUCGAUAACCCAAGCUAAGUAGCACCGAGUUAACUUUAAGAUGCCUUAAAGAUGUCUUUUAAAAGGACAAGACAAUUUUUUUUUGUCUCAAAGUCAUCUUUUUUCAAAGUAGUAAUUUAAACCGUGAAGUUAAUAAUUUAUUCAUAAAUAUCUAAACAGGAAUUUAAAAAUUAAAAUGGACGGUGAUCUGUUUCAACAUUUAUUUGAAUCAAUUUUUAAAAAAACAAAUGAUCCGAUAGUACUAGAAAAACUAAAACGAGUUAAUAUUAAUUGGAAAAAACCUAUCGAUAAAAUUCUUGAAACAACGGAUGUAUGGAAAAGCGCAUGUUUGAAUGAAAUCCCAUCAGAACCAAUCACCCGUAUGACUACAAGAUUAUUUCCGAUGGUUCAUUUCGAAAAUUAUCAUCAACUUGAAGACCGUAUACUCUGGCGUUCUCUUUACAUUUCCUAUAGAAAGUCGAUGAUACUCUCAAAACUUCAAGUUUCAAUCCAACUUAAUUAUGAACUUCCUAAAUUUAUAAUUUCAUCUGAAUACAUCGUCUCGUUUACAAGUUGCGAUAAAUACAUUGCUGUUGGAAGUAUCAAAGGAAUAAUUUGGAUAUUUAAUAUUAAUCAAUUAAGUGAACUUGAGUGUACAGUAGAUUUUAAAGAACCGGUAAAAGACAUCAAAUUUUGGUUUUCUGAUACCGGUGAGCUAUUUUUAGUUGCAAUUAUUUUACCUGAUUACGUUAAAUUUUGGAAUCUUGUUCGCAUGGUUGAAGUUCCGUGUAUCGGUAAUGCUAAGGGGUCAUAUAUAUGCUCCGGUACAAUCGAUAGAUUAUUUAUUAUGAACUACGGACGUUUAUAAGAAUACAAAAAUACUGAUGAUGGUAUUGCAGCAUAUCCUAUAAUGGAGCGAUUAGAAGAAGGUUUGAACACCAUUAAAUUAUUCACAGAAAACAACAAAGUAAGUUUUAUAAAUGAAAAUGAAUUUUGAAAAAACAAUAAUUAGAUUUGUCAUGUAGAGAAGGUCAGAGUAGAAGACACCCCUGGAGAAAAUUUUUCGGACUUCUGUCUGAAAAACUCAGUUCUAGAGUUCUAAAGACUUUUUCGGACAGAAGUCCGAAAAAUUUUCACCAGAGACAUAAAAAAAGGAUUUCUUGUCACAAAGAAUUUUUAUUCACUCCAAGAAAAUUUUUGCAAUAUAAAUUAAAAAAAAAAUUUAUUUCGAGACGAGAAAUAAUUUUCGUGGAGCAAGAAAAAAUUUCUUAAAGCGAGAACAAAAUUCCCG